AUGUCCUUCUCCAAGCUCGCUGCUCUUGCUGCUCUCGCUACUGUCGCGAGUGCGGCCGUCACGAAGCGUGUGACUUGCGCCGACGGUAACGUCACCGCGCAUGCGGCGUGUUGCGUUCUCUUCCCCAUCCUCGACGACAUCCAGACGAACCUCUUCGAUGGCGGCGAGUGCGGUGAGGAAGUGCAUGAGUCUCUCCGUCUCACCUUCCACGAUGCGAUCGGCUUCUCGCAGCACAACCCGGCCGUCGGUGGUGGUGCAGACGGUUCCAUGAUCAUCUUCGCGUCGACUGAAACGGCAUUCCACGCAAACGGCGGUAUCGACGACAUUGUCGACGCCCAGACACCCUUUGUCCAGGCGCACCCGCAGAUCUCCGUCGGCGACUUUAUUCAGUUCGCCGGCGCAGUCGGCGUUUCGAACUGCCCUGGCGCUCCUCGUCUUCAGUUCCUCCUCGGUCGCAAGAACGCUACUCGCCCUGCUCAGGACUUGACCGUGCCCGAGCCGUUCGACAGCGUCACGAGCAUCCUCAACCGCUUCGAUGACGCGGGCUUCACUCCGGCUGAGGUCGUCGCUCUUCUUGCCUCCCACACUGUUGCUGCCGCCGAUCUCGUGGACCCCACCAUUCCGGGAACUCCUUUCGAUUCGACCCCCUUCACUUUCGACACGCAGUUCUUCGUCGAGACCCAGCUUCGCGGCACGCUGUUCCCCGGUAACGGAUCAAACCAGGGCGAGGUCCAGUCGCCCCUCCACGGCGAGAUACGCCUCCAGUCCGACAGUGAACUUGCGCGCGACUCCCGCACUGCCUGCCUCUGGCAAGCGAACGUGAACAACCAGCAGCACAUGAUGACCUCCUUUGCUGCUGCCAUGGCCAAGCUCGCCGUCCUCGGACAGAACACUCGUGACAUGGUUGACUGCUCCGACGUUAUCCCGGUCCCGAAGACGAUCACCAAGGCCGCGACGUUCCCCGCUGGUCUCUCCAACCGCAACGUCGAGCAGGCCUGCCGCGCGACGCCCUUCCCGACGCUCAGGACCGACCCCGGCCCCGUCACCUCGGUUGCUCCCGUUCCUCCGUCCUAA